AUGCUUCCCGCGUCCAUCUUCGUCUUGUGCAUGACCGUCUUGGCCCCGGUGGCCAGCGCCCUUCCUCUGCCUUCGAUGGCAAGGCAAAUUCCCUUCGGCAUCAAGUUCAGUCGACCACCCGCACCCAAGGGUGGCUUCUUCAACCCUCCGCGCCCUCGCCCCUCGAGCCACCACAUGGCCGUGCUGCGCAUCCUCGAAGACGAUGAUGACCUCAACCUACUGGCCCAACCGAGCUUCGCUCUCGAACUCGAUGUUGUCACUUCUUCUCCUUCGAUGACGACGACGACCCCUACCACCGUUCCCGUCAUUGCCGACACCCCUACCGCCGUCAUCAAGACCAAGAAGCGCAAGGACAGCCUCGACGACGGCUCCAUCUUUUCCGACAUGCUCAUGGGCCCUGGUGGCUACGCAGCACUCGAGACAGCGCGCGUCGCCAUCGCUUCACCGAUGUACUCGGGUCGUCGCAUUCCCGUUCGCGAGAUCGGCAGCCACAACCGACGAGAAGCCAAGAAGCAACGACGAAUCCUCGCCAACAUGAUCGCAACCUCGACGAUCGAAGAGGCUGGACCUACUUCAUCGCCGGUCGCAGGGGUUGAGUUUGAUGGUGUCACCCUACCUCAAGCACCCGAGGCCGUUCAGACUCCGACCUUCCACUUUAUGAACCACGGGCCCGUCAUCACUGCGACUGUGGUUUAG